CUAGUCAACAAGAGAUAUCUGAGAGGGCACAGAGAGACAAAACCAAGACGAUUCAAGGGUGACAGAUGCACGGAUUUAGUUAAAUGUACAGUGGCUGGCGUUCGAGCCACCCGCUCUCCAUCAUCUCUCUUUAUCUGUGCACGUAGAAUAUCAGACCAUGUUCUACAACCAGGCGGAAAGACAGCAAAUAAACAAACAUCCCCUUGGGAUUAACAAAAGAGAGAGAAAGAGGGAAGGAAACGAGAGCGAAUUUCGCCUAUGCACAAACACCAGAGAGCUCGUAAAAUUUGAAUGAACUUAUUUUAGUCCCUUUUGAUUCAAAGGCGUGAAGUUGCAUGGAUAGUUGCAUGUUUUUGUUCUCUGUCAUGUAUGUGCGUAUGUGCAGUUGGUGUCGUGACAAAGAGCCACAUACGCCUGAGCCUCCAGUGUGGAUUAAACAAAGAAGCUAUCGGUCAAUAUUCAUGCAUUUCAUUUUAUUGCAUUCACUUUUAAUAUACUCUCUUGCCAGAGCUCGUAACACACGUUUCUUUGUUUUACUAUAGCAUUUUAAUCUCUUAAAAUUAGAGAUCGACUGAUCACUCGAAUAAUAUUAUGUGCUUUCGGUGACACUUUAUUGUAGCUUGAAUUAUUAAUAUUUAAAUUAUAUAAUGCAUUCAUUCAAACAGUUCUUUUGUGUUUAUUCAAACAGCUAACAUGUUUAUAUUUGAAUAUAUAUAGCUACUGCAAAUCUUUAAAGCAUUGUAUUAUGUUGAAAUGUCAAAAAGCAAGCCAGCAUUUUAUUAUAAUCCUUAUCAUCCUCUAUAAUAUUAUGCAUUUAAUUAAGCUGUAUUCAAACUUUGUUGGAUAAUUUUUAUUAUAGGGCUGCUAUCUGUUAACGUUAUACUUUUAAAAAACAAAUUAUAUGAUCUUCCAUUGUGUGAGAAUUGUUUGCCAUUCAAAAUCGACCGUCUUGGAAGAAGAUAUUGAGAUUCUGGCAAGCUGAAUGGCGAUUGGAGGUCUUUCUUGUAUUUAUUUGCAUAUUGAAUUGCGAUUGGUCUGUCUUUUUUUACAUCUAAUUAAGUAAGCCUUCAGAUUGCGGAACUGAUCAUUUUGGUUCUCGGUAGCAAAGGGACUCAGAAAGUCAAAGAAAAGAGAGCUGUCACGGUUCAAACCUUUCCACCGGGACUCGUGUUUAACAUCGCGACUCUUCCCCGCCGCUGAGCCGCUCUCCAGUGCUGAAACCCCGGGCGCAGCUGCCGCUCCGUCCCCUUAGGAAACGGUCCUAAUGAAGGAGGCCGACGCCAUCAAGCUCUUCAUCGGCCAGAUCCCGAGGAAUCUGGAGGAGAAGGACCUGAAGCCCAUCUUUGAGCAGUUUGGGAAGAUCUAUGAGCUCACGGUGAUCAAGGACAAGUACACGGGAAUGCACAAAGGAUGUGCGUUCUUGACGUACUGUGCGAGGGAGUCAGCCUUGAAGGCCCAGAAUGCACUGCACGAGCAGAAGACAUUGCCGGGGAUGAACCGCCCCAUUCAAGUGAAGCCAGCGGACAGUGAGGGCAGAGGAGAUAGGAAGCUGUUUGUGGGGAUGUUGGGGAAACAGCUGUCAGACACCGAUGUCAGAAAAAUGUUUGAGCCUUUCGGGAGUAUAGAGGAGUGCACGGUACUCCGAGGCCCUGAUGGAGCCAGCAAAGGUUGUGCAUUUGUAAAAUACCAGAGUAAUGCAGAAGCUCAGGCGGCUAUUAGCACUCUGCACGGCAGCCGCACUCUCCCGGGUGCAUCUUCUAGUCUGGUAGUGAAGUUUGCAGACACAGAGAAGGAGAGAGGAAUCAGGCGUAUGCAGCAGGUGGCCUCCCAGCUGGGUGUCAUUAGUCCCAUGAGCCUACACCUGGGAGCCUACAACGCUUACACACAGGCACUCGUCCAACAGCAGCAGGCCUUGGUGGCUCAGUCCGCAUACCUGUCUCCCGUUGCGACGGUUGCUGCAGUGCAGAUGCAGCAGUUGGCUGCUCUCAAUCCCAACAGCAUCAUAGCAACACCCAUUGCCUCCAUCACACCCUCCUCAGGUACGAGCACUCCUCCAACCAUUGCUGCCACACCUGUGUCUGCUCUGCCUCCACCAAUCGCAGUCAACAGUUACCCUCAAGUGCCUGCACCACCCAAUGGCCAUUCUGCAUCUGAAACCCUCUACACCAAUGGUCUCCAUCCAUAUCAGGCUCAGAGUCCUGCACUGGAUCCUCUCCAGCAGGCGUAUACAGGCAUGCAACACUACACGGCUACAUAUCCCGCUGCUUAUGGAUUGGUCGGUCAACCAUUUCCACAUCAGCACACUUUGGUUGCCCAACAGCCACAGCAGCUGCAGCAGCUGCAGCAACGAGAAGGCCCAGAAGGCUGCAAUAUCUUUAUUUAUCAUCUGCCUCAGGAGUUCACGGACUCUGAGAUGCUGCAGAUGUUUUUGCCAUUCGGUAACGUCAUCUCAGCCAAGGUGUUCGUUGACCGCGCCACCAACCAGAGCAAAUGCUUUGGUUUCGUAAGCUUCGACAACCCGGCGAGCGCUCAGGCUGCCAUCCAGUCCAUGAACGGCUUUCAGAUCGGCAUGAAGAGGCUUAAAGUUCAGCUGAAGAGGCCUAAAGACGCCAACCGCCCAUACUGAGCCGAACAGGGAAGAAAGGAGAGGAUUGUCGAAGUCACUUUUCCUCCACUUCAAAUUACGGGACCAACGACUUUCACAAAAACUACAGUAUAAGACCUACCGAGAUUAUUUAAACAAAAAUACACAUUUAAUAACAAAGACAGAUUUAUCGCACAAAGUGCAGGUUAAAUAGAAUGAUUUGCUACCUAAACAGUAUACGAUAUAAGACCAAUCAGCAACGCUCUUCUGCUUCACACGCUGUGUGCUUGUGGGUCGUGACAUUUCUGCCCUCGUCCACACAUCUAUGCCCUGCACACACACAAAUGGGACCAAUGCAAAUAUAUCAGUACUACAGUAGUUUCGCUUCUGGGUUCAAAGGAACUAUGAUCUAUUAAAGUCUUUCUGCAGCGAUCUAACAUAUGUAUAUAGAAAUCUGAGGGGACCAUGUGUAGACAUAUCGAAACGGUUGGGAGGGUGGGACUGGGUCAGUGUGAUCAGAGCAAAGAAUCAUGGGAGGUAUAUGGUAGCUAGAGAAAGAAAGUCCUUUUGGGAGUUUUAAAGGAUUUGCUCUUGGUCUCUAAUCAGAGUCCAGUUAUACAUAGUUCUUCAUCUUUAAUACUUAAGGAAACAAAUUACCUGAGGUUAAGGAUGCUGGUCCUAUAUUGCGAACCUCCCUAAAACGACUGAAUAUAGUUUAUCACAGAGAAGCUGUAGUUAGAGUUUUUAUUUUUAGGUUUGUUAGUUUUUCUUUCUUUUUUUAAUUUGUUAAUGAUUCGAGAAGAUUCAUGAAAGUUACAAACAUUUAAAAAUGUAUUUCACUGUAUAUAUCAUGCUUUUAAAAUGAAGGUCAAGAUUUAAAUGUUUGGGAUAUUAUUACUAUUAUUAUUAUUAUUAUUAUUUAGGGAAAGUGAUUUCUAUCUUUUUUUGCAAUUAAUUUAUUUGAUGGAGGGCGUUUUUUUUAUUAUUAUUUAUGAAGAUAGAGAAUCAUUGGCACAUGUUCUGAUGAAUCCAUGUAUUUUUAGACAUUUUAUUUACAGAUUUACCAUUAAUGAACAAUCAUUAUUAUUAUUCUAUUUAUUUUCUUCAACUGUUGUUUCACAACCUGUCAAUUACAACAACAAAAAAAAUUUGAAUAAAAUUUUAAACAAUA